AUGCUUGACCACACCGGCUUCGCCGUUCCCCCCUCCCAAUAUGAGGCCGUCAUCGCCUUCUAUACCGCCGUCCUGGCUCCUCUCGGGAUCACCCCACAGAUGAACUUCCCCGGCCAGGCCGUCGGGUUCGGCCCCUCCAAGACUGAGGCCCGAUUCUGGGUUUCCUCGAAAGAGGGCGCCACGGAAAAGGCGACAGCAGGUGGGGUGCAUGUCGCGUUCAAGGCGGCGGACCAUGAGGCCGUGCAGAAGUUUCAUGAGGAGGGCCUGAAGGCCGGGGGAACCUGCAAUGGGAAGCCCGGAAUCAGGGCCAUGCACCCGAAUUAUUAUGCGUCGUUUGUGUUGGAUCCGCUGGGGAACAACAUCGAAGCUGUUGACCACAUUCCUCAUGAUUAAAUCGGAGAUGACUGUCGGUCUGGCCUCAUGUCGGUCGGCUGGUUGGCUAGUCGUCGGAGUCUGGGUCUUGGUUUGUGUAUUGCCGUCUGUAUAUUACAGAGGAUCUACUGUUGAUUAUCUCGCUGGGGUGAAAGCUUAUCAUUCUUUAAGUUUCCGAAUAGUGAUAAUCCAAAAGUACAGAGUCCACA